CUUUCACUUCAAUCCGCUUCGUGCCGUGCGUCAACCCGUGUCCGUUAUCCACUCGAGUGUGGACAAUGACGUGGUCCGUCUACUACUGAAGAAAGACUCGGCUGCUUUACGGAGACACAAACGAGGCGGAUCCAGUCCAAGCAGCGGCUUUUUCUGUCGUAUCAUGCGGUGGUAACUGUGGGUCGUCUGGGCCGGGAGAUGAUCGCAGCUUGGAGCAGAAGACGGUGUUGAGAGGACAGAAAUGGACCGGAGCGUCUGGAGCUGCUGGCAAAGUGUCUUCUCCACGGCUCUGCUGUACGGCUCGUUGGCCCUGUUUACGUCCAUCCUCCACAACGUCUUCCUGCUGUACUACGUGGAGACGUUCGUGUCCAUCUACAAGAUCGAUAAAGUCUCCUUCUGGGUGGGAGAGACUGUGUUUCUCAUCUGGAACAGUCUGAACGAUCCUCUCUUCGGCUGGCUGAGUGAUCGCUCCUUCCUCAGCUCUCCUCCGUCYGGCUCCCAGAUCACGUCUCCAGAGGUGGUGCUGAAGCGCCUGAAGGCCCUCUCCACAAAUGGCCCUCUGUUCGCGCUGUCCUUCCUGGCCUUCUGGGUGGCGUGGGCCAGCCCUGGCCUGCAGUUCCUGCUCUGCCUGUGCCUGUACGACGGCUUCCUCACCAUGGUGGACCUCCAUCACAGCGCCCUGAUGGCGGACCUGGCCGUGUCCGCCGCCGACCGCACGCGCCUCAACUUCCACUGCUCGCUGUUCAGCGCCCUGGGCUCCCUCUCCGUUUUCCUCUCCUACUCGGUCUGGGACAAAGAGGACUUCUACUCGUUCCGCCUCUUCUGCGUGACUCUGGCGGCGUUUUCCAUCCUGGGUUUCUUCUGGGUGUCUCGGCUGCUGCAGCGUCGCUUCAACAAGGAAAUCCGUCCGAAGCAAGACGAGGCGUCUGCUCUAAAAGAGCUGAGCGUCGGUCACGCUCCGUUCACCCACCCAGAGAAACCCGUCACUAUCGGACAAUAUCUGAAGCAGCUGUCCAAACACAGGAACUUCCUGUGGUUUGUGUCAAUGAACUUAAUUCAAGUGUUUCACUGCCACUUCAACAGCAACUUCUUUCCUCUCUUCCUCGAACAUCUCUUGUCUGAUAAAAUCUCCGCCUCUGCCGGUUCAGUCUUACUGGGGAUUUCUUACGUGGCCCCGCACCUGAACAACCUGUAUUUCCUGACGCUGUGCCAACGUUACGGUGUUUACCGUGUCAUCCGCUGGCUGUUCCUGCUCAAGCUGGGGCUCAGCGUGGUCAUGCUGCUGGCCGGGGCUGACCACGUUUACCUGCUGUGCGUCUUCAUCGCGAGUAACCGGGUGUUCACAGAGGGCACCUGUAAGCUGCUGAAGCUGGUGGUUUCGGACCUGGUGGACGAGGACUUCGUGGUGAACCGGCGCCAGCAGGCCGCCUCUGCUCUCCUCUUCGGAAUGGUGGCCCUGUUGACCAAACCGGGCCAGACGUUCGCCCCYCUCAUCGGCACCUGGCUGCUCUGUGUUUACACCGGUUAUGAUAUCUUUCAGAGGGAGAAGGACUCGGUUGUGGCGUCRGACACUGCCUCCAGCUCAGGGACGACUCCUCCCCUCCGCCUGGGUUGUUUCUACAUGUUGGUUUUCGUGCCGAUCACCUGCGCCCUGCUCCAGCUGGCCGCCUGGUCUCGGUUCACCCUCCARGGCCGAAAGCUGCAGGGGAUCAAGAGCCAACGGCAGGGAGCCCAGCACGGUCACCUCAUCGACGUCAAGGCCAUCUGAACUGAAGAGAAAGCUGCACAAAGACACUUUGGGAUCAUAGUUUUUAUAUCUACAUUUCUUAAAAACAAGCAGGCAGCUGCUGUGUGUUUACUCUGCAGCCUCGGUGCACAAACUUUUCCUGGUUUGCUGUGCGGUUACACUUAAAAAGACAUUUCCUAAAAACUGAUUUAUGCCUUAUUUUUCUAGUAAAACUCAGAUUAUAUUUAUAUGUAAAUCAAAGACCAAAUGCUAACAUGAAACCAAUCAGUCCUUCUGGUGUUUGUGGACCAAGUUAACAGCAGGAAGGUUGCUUUUUAAAACAAACAAACAGAAAUGGAGUGUUUCUGCUUUAGGAGCCUUUCAGAUUUACAAACUGUAAACCACAAGAACACAACAGAUCUACACUUUUUAUGUCUAAUACCACUGAUAAAACGAAAAAAGGCUGAAAUAAAUCCAGAGUGCCACUGAUUCUGCAUGAAACCUGCACUUCAAAUGAUUUUACAGAUACAAUUUGCACAGAAUUUCCUGCCAGUUUGAAGUGRGUGAUAUUUUCUAGUUCUAUGUUUAUUGUGUUUUGUUCACUUGUAUUUGUAAUACUUGAUUUUGUCAUAUUUAAAUGUUGCAUUUGUGGAAACGUAAAAGAAAUAAAGGCAACAAUAUUUUCUGUGUGAA